CUAGUCGCGUGAGUGGGGCGGAGUCGAGGCGUCAGGACUGAGCCAAUGGCGUGCCGUCGGACCCGUUUGCCAAGGACCCGCUAGCCGCGCCCGCUUCCCAUCUCGAAUAAGGCAAAAACAGAAAAAUAAAAAAUAAAAAAUAAGCUUUCGAAAUACAUCACAGAGUGCGUCUGCUAUAUCUAAUAUAACCUUCCCUUUUUGCCUACCUCUCCUUACCAGUUACCACCAAGACCCUACCACCACCAUAGAUAGUGCAACCCAGUACAGUACUAGCAGUGUAGACUCUCGGGUUGUCGUUACCGAAAAAGAAAAAGAAAAAAAAAGUUUCUUAUAGAGGUCCAACCCCCCCACGGGCUAUAUAUUGCCCAGCCCACAGCCCUCAAAAACUGCCAAGGUCUCCUUCCCUCCCUUUUUCCCCCCAGUCCUGUGUGUCCUGUGUCCUGUGUUAAGUUUUUCGGGGCACUGCUUUCAUUGCAAGUCGAGCGCCGGCUGCAACCAGGUGUUUGUUACCUCAUUUCCCCCCCACCAACGAAAUAGAAAAAUACUUUUUGAGAUAGAUAUUUUGAUCUAUCCUCCCCCCUACUCUACUCUGCUCCUAUUUGGUUGCCUGUUCAAUACCUUAAUCGCGCCAAUUCACCUUUGCAUAGGGCAACAGCAGCAGCAGCGACAGUUACAAACGACUUGGGACGACCCGGUUCUUCUUCUUCUUCUUCUUCCAGUUUCCAGUUGUGAAUUUGUUGUUAACGUGUGUGAAUAGAAACCCCGCAACUGCCAACAUGGAUUCUGCAGUGCCUCCUUGAGAGAAGAAGAAGAAGAACAAUCAAGACGUGUGUGCCCAGUGGUGUGUGUCCAGUGUGUAUGUGUGCAAGUGUGUGCGUCGCGACAACUGUCACGUAGAUUGGCGUAGGCGGUGUGACGACACUCUCUCCUCUUUUCUCCUAUUUUUUCGCUUCUAUUCGAAUUUUUCGGGUUGUUGUUGGGGGUGGCUGAUAGAGAUCUGAACAACAACAACCGAAGGGAGACGACAUUCCGCCAUCAUUGAUGCCUGUGCAAUUCCGAUCGAUCCACUCCAUGUCGGUCAACGACAGAAUGAAGAAACUGGACCAGUUUGAUCACCACCACCAUCACCACCACCAUCACCAGACGACGGGACUUCAUCGGGGACCAUCGGCUGGCGGCGUCGCCUUGCCGACCUCGGCUCGCAGCAACAACAGCAACAACAGCUCAACGUCGACGUCGUCUUCAGCAGCAGCGGCGGCGGCGUCGGCCGCUGCCUUCCGGAUGCCCUCGCUGGCCAUGCCGUUGAAUCUGCCCAUCUCGUUGGCCAUGGCCUCGGUGCCGGCGUUGAACAAUCUCAACAAUCUGGCCGCUUUCGGCGUCCACUCGACGGCCGGCCAGACCUCGACGGCCCAGCAUUUGACGUCUCCGACGUCCCAGCAGCACGGAGGAGGAGGAGCUGUUACAACAACAACAACGCCGGCCUCGGUCGGCAGCGCCGGAAGUCUAGGAGGCAGCGGCAACUCGUUCACCGAUUCCGACUCUGAGCCGGACGAAACGGCCGAGUCUCACCGGCGUCCGUUAAACUCGUCGUCGUCGAAAAUGCGAAAUAAUCUGCCACCCUCGAAAUGCGAUGGAGUUUUGGUGUUGAAGGGACGGGAGAGCAUCAUGACGACGGGCGGCAAUCCACGAUCCUCGCCCAUCUCGUCUCAUCAAUCGAUGACGUCGACAUUGAAGGAACAUCGCGAUCUGGUCGCCGACUACCACCAGCAAUUGCAGCAACUGCAACAACAACAGCAGCAGCAGCAACAACAACAACAAGAGCAACAACAAUUACAACAUCAGACUCGACAUCUGCGACGUGGCGAAACGUCGGUCAAGGGACGUCGCAGUCCCCGCAGUUCGGACGGGUCGGCCAGUCCGCCCGACUCGCCGCUCCACGAUGCCGAUCACACCACAUCCGACUUGGAUGAAUUCAUGGAAUCGGACAACGAAGAGGCCGGAGUGGCGCUCGAUUUGGCGAGAAACUCUCGGCGGGAUCGGCAUUACGGAGACAUCAGCCAACACGACAGUGGCGAUAGUUUCUCGGGAGAAGGUCAGUCGAUUAAUGGCCAAUUUUCCGCCACUCUGGGUGAAUCUCCCGCCGCAGCCGCAGCUGCCAAUCUCCAAGCGUCGAUAGCUGCCUUGCAAGCUGGACAAUUAUCACUUGGACAAAUGUUGGCCAUGAGCGCUACUCAGAACCCGUCGGUUUUACUGCAGAAUCCCUUGGCUGCCGCAACUGCCGCUGGUUUACCUGGCCUGUCUGGACUGUCGUUUUCAGCCCAAGAGGUGCAAGCGAUGCAGCAGAAUUUCCAGCAGCAAGCCAUUCAACAAUUGGCGAUGCUUCAACAAGGAGCAGCCGCCUCGCAGUUUAGUCCGCAGGCCCAAUUUUAUCUGCAGAGUCACGUGCAACAGGCGCUGGUUCAAGCUGCCCAGCAGUACCAACAACUGCAGAAGCAACAACAGUCAGUCAUUUCGUCUCACCGAACUAACUUUAGCGACGCUCAACAUCAACUUCAUCUUCAACAACAACAACAACAACAACAACUGCAACACCAUCAACAAGUUCAACAGCAGCAAGAGCAACAGCACAAGCAGCAACUUCAAAAACAACAACAGCAGCAGCAACAGCAACAGCAGCAAAAAGAACAGCAACAACCUGAGCAGCCCCAGUCUCCUCGGCAUCAUCCGUCGAUUCCGGCGCCGGCCGAAGUGGCGACUCCGAUCAUCACGAAAGCUGCUGCCACUCACAGCUCGCGGACGUCGUCCAAUUCUUCAUCAACUUCGGGUCAGCUGGCCGGCGAACUUGGUAACAACGCGACGUCCACUGGGGGUACCCCGGCAGCUACGCCGCUCUACGACUUGCCACCGGAGGAGACGACCGAUUUAGAAGAGCUGGAACAGUUCGCCAAAACGUUCAAGCAGCGACGGAUUAAACUUGGUUUCACACAGGGCGACGUCGGCCUGGCCAUGGGCAAACUGUACGGCAAUGAUUUCAGCCAAACGACCAUAUCACGUUUCGAAGCGCUCAACCUGUCGUUCAAGAACAUGUGCAAACUGAAGCCGCUGCUACAAAAGUGGCUGGAAGACGCCGACAGCGCUCUCGGCGGAGGCGGCAACGGAAGCGGAGCCGGCGGAUGUCUGGGAGGCACGGCCGGCCUUGGCAGCAUUGCGUCGGGAGGCGUCGGCGGAGUUCCCCUGUCUUCGCCGCUGGGUGGCGGAGGCGGAAGCAGCGUCAGCGACGGAUUGGGGCGGCGGAGGAAGAAGCGGACGUCAAUUGAAACCAGCGUCCGAGUGGCGCUGGAGAAAGCCUUUUUGGCCAAUCCCAAACCGACUUCGGAAGAGAUCGCCAUGCUGGCCGACGGCCUGUCCAUGGAGAAGGAAGUUGUCCGUGUCUGGUUUUGCAACAGACGCCAGAAAGAAAAGAGGAUCAACCCCCCUAGCAACGGGAUGACUAGUCCAAGCCCAUCUGCCGGAGGUAAUGGCGGUGGUCGCGAUGGCAACAACAGCAGCGGCGGCGGCGGCGGCAACGGAAACGUGACUCCGACAAUUCCGGUAACUCCGCCGAACACGGCAGCCAUGCUGGCUUCGAUUGCAUCCAUUACGCCACCUUCUUCGCUUACCGGACUGGGAUCGUCGCCGCUCUCACCCGAUCCGCCGACCCCGCCCAACGUCCCAUUGUCUCUGGUGACGACGGCUCACUCGUACCCGCGCGGCGGAUCGCCACCUUCGACCAUGUCGUCUCACCAAUUGGCCAUGAACAUGGGCAUGAACAUGGCGAUGGGCAUGCGCUCCUCGCCCACUUCGUCGUCCUCGCCACUGCCGCUUUCUCUGACGUACAAUCCCAGACUCGGUUUGGGUUCCACCGGCCCGGCCACUAUUCCCACCGAGUGACUCUCAAAUCCUUGGCCAGUCUAGACGACGAGCAAAAGUCCCCCGACAUAUAGUUCCUUUUUCAUGUUCUUAACAUAAUUAUUCUGCUGGUUCCUUUGUCCCGUUCUUCUCUUUUUUUGGGUUUUCCUUCCAGAGACGUAAACAAAUUCUGUCAGAGCUCUUUUCUUUUUGAAGGUCGUGUGAUAACGACAAUGACAACUAUCAUAGACAUGCGUGUGUGAUCUUUCGAAUGGGAAAGACAAACUGGGCAGAAGAGAGAUAGAGAGCAAGUCUUUGUAGAUAGUCAGUCAAAUUUCAAAAAACUAAAAAAACUAAACAAUUAAUCCUCUGAUGGAGGGGACAGAAAACGAUAGUUCCUCUCAAAAUCAAUGUUCAUUGCUGAGGCUCACCAAUCCGAGGUUGAAUCGCCGUGUAGGCCUACUACUGAAUCGGCGAUUCUGGCUUUGAGAUUGGCGCAAGGCUCUGGCCGUCAGUUGAACGUGAUCAGGUCAUGUAAUAUCCCGUUUUUCUUUUUUUCUUGUGUAAGUUUCGGGUCGUUCAUUUAUUCGUUCUUAAAAAAAAAGGUUUAUUAUUGAGUAAUGUUUUUGCGGGUGCUUUAGCAGUUUGUUGUUAGAUUUCAGUGUGUGCUCCUUGCCAUUUGUGCAGUUUGUCUGUACCGUAACUACAAAAAAAGAACCAUUUGAAAACACCCCACCCCAAUCCAGUGUCACGCGCUGCUGGGAAGCUCUAUGAGAGACGUAAACUAAGUCGCUAUUUUUAUCCUGUUUUUUUCAUUCAUUCAUCGUCUGAAGCCAUUCAUAUUCUGUCGUUUGCACAGUUUGUUUUCCUCCAAUUUGUCGUGACACGUUCUCACCUAAAACUCUCGAUUCACUGUCGAGUUACUACGGAGUACAACUUGUUUAUCUUCGACAGAGUUGGCUCCCCGUAUGAAUGGAUGGACGAAUUCUGAUGCUUUUAAAGCUCUUGAGAUCCACCACAUCACUCACCCAGCACACAGAAACAAAAAAAGUUUUUGACGCAAAUGUUUUGACAACUUAAUCCCCGUGAUUGAUUCUGUCCCUCGAUUUCAACAUGUAUUUUUUUUUUUCCUUUCGUGCGUUCUGGUCUAAAUGUCGAGUGUUACACCUACUGAAAAAAAAAGGAAAAAAAAGAAUUAAAAUUUCGAGUUAUGACGAGCCGGUCUACAGACUUUCUGUUAUGUGGUGUUAUAUCUCUCCCGCUCCCCCGUGUUUCUUGACUUUUGAGUGAGAGGUAGUAGAUCGGCUGGCCUUAACAACUCGAUCGGAUGUUCCUAUUACCAUGUUCCUUUUGGUGCGUCUGGUAUCCCAGCGCACUCUAUUGUAAACCCGUUUUUGUUUUCGUGACAACCUUCUGUGUUUUUCAGUCGAGCCCUGCCGACAGACUGAGCCCCGUUAAAAAAAAAUCCCGUCUUUAAUUAUUUGAUAAACUAAGAAACGAUGGCGUUCUCACACCAGUUUUUAAGCGUUUGCCGAGUCGAUCCUAUCGUAAGGCGUGUAAAUCCCUUAUAUAUUCUUGUGAAACUUUAUAGUUAGUGACCUAAAAGUAAAGUGCUGUUUUUUUCUCGUCUAGUGUCUGUUGAUUGUUAUUUUAAAUGUAGAUGUGAGAAGCACUUUGAAAGCACACAUGGUCACAUCUUCUUUGAAAAAACAAACAAACUUGUUUUUACCCGCGAAUAGCUGCAACGGUUCGGAAUGUUUUACUUGUAAAACAAUUUGGUUCAAACCGCGCGCGCUAUGCAUCUUCUUCUAUCUCUAUACAUAAUUGUACAUUUGUAUCCGUAAGGGAUGUUUCGUUCAAAGUGGCUGGUUUAUGGGGACAGGUUCCCGUAGAUCAGAUUCUCACUGGACUUUUAAUGGGGUUCGAACCUCCCAGGGGCACCAAGUCCAGGAAAUCCUUUUUAUUUUAUCAGUUGCCAUUUGUUCGAUUCUCGUUUUGAAACUGGUUGGUGGUGGCGGUUGAAUUUCAACGAACUCGUGUGGCAGCUGUUCGUACAGCCGUUCAGUGCUGAGCUCUCAGCUAAAGUGGAAGAAAUAAGCGUUAAGAGAAUCCUGGAAUUCAAGACAACACGCAGCCGGCCUCAAACGUGACGUAGUAUUGUGAACCUAUCAAAUCCCCCAUCAUUUUUAUGUUGUAUAUGAAAAAAAAAGAAAAACCUCUUCUUUAAACCCACCCCCACCGUCACCCUUCGUGCUUUUUCCCCUGUAAUCUGUCCCAUUGUGUUUUGUACAGACCUAAAUUUCGUUGGAUGGAAAUUUGAAAUGGUUUUUCUGUUGUCAGUCGUGGAAACAAGCAAAAAUACAUCAUUCUGUAUUAA